UCUUCUCUUCUUUAUCCCGUCCACAUCCCUUGUGAAUACCUAAUCCUAAACGGGAUAAAGUUUUUUUUUCACAAAUAUUCUUCCUUCUCUUUUCACUUUUUGAUACAUAAAUGCGAUAAAUUUCACUAGCCAAAUCUCAAUUUAUUUACCUCUGAGGAAGAUCGAGAGAGAAAAAAAAAAAGAAAAGAAAAGAAAGAAAGAAGACAAGAAAAAUCUCUGGGCAGUGUGUGCUCUCUUUCAGCAACCCGAUUAUUGUUAUGUAGUCUGGCGCUCGUGAGGUUCAUCCGCCUCUGCCUUCUCUCCUUCGAAACUGAAGAAUGGGGCCAACGUGCUUAUCACUAUGUAGAUUUGGGGGUGUCUCGAAUGUUAAACUGUUUAAUUUACAUUCGGAAUUUGGCAAGUUUAGGUGCAGUUGGUUAUUUACUCCGUGCAUGACCAAAUACAGCGGGGUCGAGAGGCUCUCUAGUUGCAGAAAAACUCCGGCUUGGUAUGAAACUAUGCGUAGUGUAAGAUAUGAUAGACAGCUUCAGGGAUCCUCAUUAUCAAUGAGCUGUGCAUCAUCUUCAGAAAAUAUCUCAGAAGCUAUUGAGUUGGAGAAAAGCAAAGCUAUUAGGAGCCAAAUCAUCCCACAAGAGGUGGAGUCGUUUAUCUCAACUCUUUGCGACACUUCUUCUAUUGUGGAGGUUAAACUGAAAAGAACAGGCUUUCAGCUUUAUGUGAAAAGGAGUGUUGAGCAGAAAGACCUACCUGCACCUCUUCCAUAUCUCCCUGCAGUUCAACCUGACAAUGUAAACCAAGUAUCUCAUUCAAAUGGGUCUGCUGCUGCAACACCCUUAGCUAUUUCCCCUGCAAAAUCUUCAGCAGGAGGCAUUCAGAGAAUCCUUGAUACAGCUUCAGAUGAAGGGUUGGUAAUUCUUCAAUCACCAAAGGUUGGUUAUUUUAGAAGAUCCCGAACCAUUAAAGGAAAACGAGCUCCUCCAUCAUGUAAAGAGAAGCAAGAAGUGAAGGAAGGUCAAGUGCUUUGUUACAUUGAACAACUUGGUGGUGAGAUUCCAAUUGAGUCUGAUGUUUCUGGGGAAGUUAUCAAGAUAUUGAGAGAAGAUGGUGAACCUGUUGGGUAUGGUGAUGCCCUUAUAGCAAUUCUCCCUUCCUUCCCAGGGAUUAAGCUCCAGUAGACUGGUUCUUCUUUCUUAAUUUAAGUUGUUUUUUUUCCUGAGUUAGUGAGCAAUCAAAUGAUACGGCAAGAAUUUUAACUGUACAAUUUGCAAGUAAUUAAUCUAAAUUGAUGAUUAUUUAUUUGGGUUCAAUUUGAAAGUA